GUAGAUGCAUAAACCAAUCGUUACGCAUAGGUUAAGAAGGAUUCCUUAGUGGGCAAGUAACUAUAUUGAACCGGGCUCCGAGAUAUUUUGCUUCUCCAGAUCAAUCUUUUCCUGACACGUGUUAACCUGACGUGGCCGCCCUCGCCAUGUUCUUCUAUAAAUAGGCGUUUAUUAUCGAUUCCAACCAUCAGCUCUUUAGAUUUGUUUGCUCAUCUCCCCGGCUUCCGGAUAUUUUCUUCAGCCUUCAAGAUGCAGAUCUUUGUUAAGACACUCACGGGCAAAACCAUCACUCUCGAGGUUGAGAGUUCUGAUACAAUUGACAAUGUUAAGGCCAAAAUUCAGGAUAAGGAAGGCAUUCCCCCCGACCAACAGAGGCUCAUCUUUGCUGGAAAGCAGCUUGAAGAUGGUCGGACUCUAGCAGAUUACAACAUUCAGAAGGAGUCCACUCUUCACCUUGUUCUUCGUCUGAGGGGUGGGAUGCAAAUAUUUGUGAAAACCCUCACUGGAAAGACCAUCACCCUCGAGGUUGAGAGCUCUGACACAAUUGACAAUGUGAAGGCUAAAAUACAGGACAAGGAGGGCAUUCCACCUGACCAGCAACGACUCAUUUUUGCUGGGAAACAACUUGAGGAGGGCAGGACUCUGGCGGACUAUAAUAUUCAGAAGGAAUCUACUCUCCAUCUCGUUCUCCGUUUGAGGGGUGGAAUGCAGAUUUUUGUGAAGACACUUACUGGAAAGACCAUCACUCUUGAGGUGGAGAGUUCAGACACUAUAGACAAUGUCAAGGCGAAGAUUCAGGAUAAGGAGGGUAUCCCGCCUGAUCAGCAGAGGCUUAUAUUUGCCGGAAAACAGUUGGAGGAUGGUAGGACCCUGGCUGACUAUAACAUCCAGAAGGAAUCCACUCUGCAUCUCGUCCUUCGUUUGCGGGGUGGGAUGCAGAUCUUUGUGAAGACUCUUACAGGCAAAACGAUCACCCUUGAGGUGGAGAGCUCUGAUACCAUUGACAAUGUGAAGGCUAAAAUUCAGGACAAGGAGGGAAUCCCACCCGACCAGCAGAGGCUUAUUUUUGCUGGGAAGCAGCUUGAGGAUGGACGGACUUUGGCAGACUACAACAUUCAAAAGGAAUCCACUCUGCACUUAGUCCUUCGCCUGCGAGGUGGGAUGCAGAUAUUUGUGAAGACUCUAACUGGGAAGACAAUCACACUGGAGGUUGAGAGUUCAGACACUAUCGACAAUGUGAAGGCUAAAAUCCAAGACAAAGAGGGCAUCCCUCAAGAUCAGCAGAGGCUCAUAUUUGCAGGAAAGCAACUGGAGGAUGGGCGAACCCUGGCUGAUUAUAACAUCCAGAAAGAGUCAACCCUUCAUCUUGUCCUCCGCCUCCGGGGUGGCGAUCACUAAGAAAUUGUCAGCCGGCUUUUGCUUCAGCAUGUCUUUUGGUGUUAAGGUGUGUGAACUUUUUUAAGUAUGGUUUCGGGUUUGAUGGAUCUAUAUAGCCUCGUAUUAUCUCUAUGGAAAUAAACAGUGUUAAUACUUGUGUGGCA